AUGAACUUGAGGCUUCGAAGGCCUGCGAUCACUGUCGUGCAUCUAAGAAGCGAUGCCGUCCACCAUUGCCGUGUCAGAACUGUGUUUCCGCUGGGGCCAUCACGGAGGCGUAAGCCCCGGGCGACGGACGAAGUCCUGUCCAACAGCUAUACAGAGCCGCGAGCCGCGAAGUCAAGUAGUAGCAGAGAGCUUACACCAAUCUCAAAGACUGAUCCUGCAGACUAUGUCAAGGAACUAGUUUUCAACUACAUCUACUCAACAUAUGAUGUCGUCCUGAAAUGCACCCUUGAAGAGCCGACAGCACUCCCAGAUGAUAGCCAACGCAGCGUGGGCUUCAAUUCCCAAGAGUCCAUCUGCGUCGAUGCUUCAACCAUACGUCAGCUCCUCUCAGUAUCAGCAGCGGAGUUUGUCGCGCGACUCUCGCCCGUGGAAGCAUCAUACAUAGAAAAGCUGGCCCGUGACAUACUAUCCCAAAUUCCUUGCCACAAGAAAUACAUGCCGAUUCAAGACCUCAUCAACCUGAACAUACCCCCCGAUCGACUUGGUCUUUUUCUAUCCGCAUUAGCGCUUUGUUGCGUAUAUCCUAAACAGAUCGAUGGCAAUGCUUCCGCAUAUUUCUUGGGUUCUCGCUACCUACUCAGUUAUUGUUCUGUGAAACCGUCACUGGACCUUUGCAUCGCAUACUAUUUGCAACAUCUGUAUCUCCUAAAAACAGGACCAGAUAACCAGGACAUAACCUCCCUAACCAUGGCCAUCCGCACAGCUCAUGAUCUAAAGGUCAACGAAAGGGGGUCGCCCGAUAGUUGCACGCUAUCUGCGAAAUUGUACCUGUUUUUAUAUUUCUACGACCAAUGUUGCGCCAUGAGCAACAACACCCCCCCUCUUAUCAAAACCACCGACUACAAAGCCAACGUCUUCGACUAUGUCUUGGAAGAAGAGCCCGAUUUCCGGCCUUUAUUGGACAUCCUCGUAGCCAACGGCCAAGUCCUCGAAGCCCUGUACGGGAAGCCCUGCGAUCACAGCAACAUAUACCACCUCGAGGAACUCCUCGGCUGCGUUUCCAAAUCGGCCCGCAAACCCAUGCAACCAUUCCUCGGACUCGGCGGAACCAACAUGAACUACGAAGCCCCCGUCCAGAUCCACAUGUUCUGGUACGUCCACGCAAAAUCCAACAACCACCCAUCCUGUCAUCAAUCACUAACCAACAGAAAUGGGAUAAACAGGGCAAGAAUAACCCUCCGCGUCCACCGCCUCACCCUGACAGAAGACUGGAUCCCUUCCAUGAGCAUCUGCGUCCGCGCCUCCCAAAUGAUCCUCCUCCUCUACUUCCAAACCUACAACCCCUCGAUGGCUCCCGGCGCCGCCACUAAUCUGCACAAACCCGGCCUCCCCCUCCUCGCCAUGGAGGGCCGCAUGCCCCUGGCCUGGCGCCAGGUGAAGCGCAUCAUGGCCUCCGCGUUCAUCCUCAUCUACGCGUACUGGCACGGCGAGGUCACCUUCGAGGAGGUCUGCCGGGGCACUGCGAUGGCGCUGGUACUGCAUGAGUGCCAGCGGGUCAGGUGGGGGAGGGAGUUGGAUGGUGCUAUGACGGUUUUGAGGGACAUAGCGGGAAUUUGUGGGAUGACUAUCCUGCCGAAUUUGUCGAGUUUGUUGCCGGAUGUUGAUCUGGGGGUUUUGAGGGUUAUUGCUGGUUAG